AUAUUCAUUUCGGGCGUAGUCAAAAGUUGAUCAAACAAGUGCAUUGCGGAUUUUAGUCACGGAAAAUGGCUCAAAUUUAAAUUCGUUUCUUGAUAAAACUAGUGUAUAUUGAUAGUUUAAGGCACCGCGAGUGUUUUAAGGCACAGAAGAUGUCGAUUCUGUGGCGCUGCGGGGCGCUAAUAGCGUUGGGAAUUUUUGUGGGUGUGUUAGCCCAGUACGAGUGGCAACCGAGAGAUGCGUUCGAUGAAAUUAAGGUGAAGUUUGAUCGAGCCACGGGAGAUAACUGCCCGAUUCUGCAUGUUAGCGAUCUGUUCCUACCGGAGGAGACCGUUUCGCAUCUACCGGAUAUCAAAGAGUUCGAUCAGAAUCCAAUCUUCCCCAAUCGAACGGCUCUCCUGUUGCUGCACAACAUGGCGCUGACGAGGGGGUUCUUCUGGAGUUACAUUCUUCAGAGCCGUUUCAUUCGACCUGCCAUCAACGAUACGUACGAUCCGGGCAUGAUGUACUAUUUCUUAUCUACCGUGGCGGACGUUUCGGCUAAUCCAUCGAUCAACGCCUCGGCUGUGUACUUUUCGCCGAACACUUCAUUCUCGUCGUCUUAUCGAGGUUUCUUCAAUAAAACGUUCCCCCGCUUCGCCCCCCGCACCUAUCGUCUGGACGACUUUAACGAUCCUAUUCAUCUGCACAAGAUCUCCACAAUGAACACGUUUGAUGUGCGAGACUUGGGCGCCUUUUCGCCGGACUCCAUAUCGCACGAUUACAGCACCGAUUUCUACAAGAUCAACGAAUGGUACAAAGCGUGGCUUCCGGAUAUUGUGGAGAACCGUCACGACACGAAGACGACUUAUCAGGUGGAAAUCCGAUAUGCCAACAAUACCAAUGAGACGUUUACUUUCCAUGGACCGCCAGGGGCAGAUGAAGAUCCCGGUCCGGUUCGGUUCACCCGGCCGUACUUUGACUGUGGACGGUCCAACAAGUGGUUGGUGUCCGCUGUGGUUCCCAUUGCUGAUAUUUAUCCGCGACACACGCAGUUCCGGCACAUUGAAUAUCCCAAAUACACCGCAGUCUCCGUCAUAGAAAUGGACUUUGAGCGUAUAGACAUAAAUCAAUGUCCCAAGGGUGAAGGUAACAAAGGCAAAAAUAAGUUCGCCGAUACGGCCCGAUGUAAAAAAGAAACCACCGAGUGUGAACCUUUGGACGGGUGGGGAUUCCGUCGGGGUGGCUAUCAAUGUCGCUGUAGACCUGGGUUCCGGUUACCUUCGGUGGUGCGUCGACCCUUCCUGGGAGAGAUCCUGGAACGGGCAAGUGACGAGCAGUACUAUAAUGGGUUCGACUGUAAGCGCAUUGGGUGGAUUCACAAGACUCCGAUCGAUUGGUAUCGACUGCCGCAGUACACGAGAGAGAAGUAUUUGAACCAUUACUAUGAGUACAAGAAUUACACGAAGGGUGCGACCUCGCUGCACUCCGAAAAGGUCAACGUGAAUGAGGUGCUGAACUUCAUUCUCGGAGUGACGGAAAAUACCUGCAAGAACUUCCACUCGCAGGAUUUGGUGCUGAAUGGGGACGUGGCUUUCGGAGCGAAGACUCAGUUUGCGAACGAAGCCAAGAUGGCGCUACGAUUGGCGAACUUCAUCAGUGCGUUCCUUCAGAUAUCCGACCCGUUGGAGGUGUACUCCGGCAAGCGGGUGGCUGAUAAACCGUUGACCGAGGAUCAGAUGAUGGGUGAAACGCUGUCGUUGGUGAUGGGUAACUCGAGGAUCUGGACGGCGGCGACCUAUUGGGAUAGAAGCAAGUUCACCAACCGAACGCUGUUCGCUCCGUUCGCGUACAAGACUCAGAAGAACUCGAGAAAGUUCAAGUUGGAGGACGUGGCCAGGAUCAACAAGACCGGUGAGGACUACACUGAGUUACCCUACUUCAAACUGCUCAAGCAGAGGUGGGCAGCCAAUUUCGAUUCCCUGGAGAAGUACUACAUGAAGAUGCGCAUCCGUCACAACGAGACCGGGGAGCAUUCGCAGAAGUACGAGCACUAUCCAAAUUUCUACCACGCGGCCACGAUGGACCACGGUUUCUGGACGGCUCCCAAGUUCGAGUGCAAGGGUUACGUGAAGAAGUGGCUCAUAACCUACGCAGCACCCUUCUUCGGGUUCGACAGUCUGAAGGUGAAACUCGAGUUCAAGGGGAUCGUUGCAGUCUCGAUGAAUAUGCUACAGCUGGAUAUCAACCAGUGUCCGGAUGAUUAUUACGUACCCAAUGCAUUCAAGAAUACCCACAAAUGCGACGAGAAGACUUCAUACUGCGUUCCGAUCCAGGGUCGUGAGUACGAGCUCGGUGGCUACAAAUGCGAGUGCCUGCAGGGUUACGAAUACCCGUACGAGGAUCCGAUCACCUACUUCGAUGGGCAGCUGGUCGAGGCCGAGUUCCUCAACAUUGUCAACGAUGAAAAGAGUCGCUACGAUACGUUUAAAUGCCGCCUGGCCGGUGCUGCGGCCCUUCGAGUAGAGUUCACCAUUCUGAGUGCGGUGCUGCUUCUGACUUGGAUGAUGUUCCGACGGUGGAGCCGGUAGGCGGUAUCAGUAGGCCAUGACGCGAGUUUUCGUACUUUUAGAAAAAGAGAGCGGGUCGAAUUCUCAAUUUUAACGAAAUUUUCCGAAUCAUCGAGUGAAUCACUCCCCCAUCAUUCCGGUUAGAGUCUUAAAUGAAAAGUGUUCAAAUAACAUUCCGUCCAAACCGGAGGCCAUUUGCCCUGGGAUCCGUUGAGAAUCUCCACCAAUUUAUUAGCUGUAAGAACCGAAUGUAUGUAGAAACGUAAGCCGUAAGCCGUCCAGGUGUAGAGCUUUGUACACGUUUUAGAUCUAAGAAUAAGGAAACGUUUUUUUUAACCAACCAGCAAUGCCUUUUAUGUAAUGCGAAAAUGUUGUUUCAAAAGUAUUUUUGUUAGAAUGACAUCUUUGUACAAUUUUAGAUUAGUACCGAAGCGUAAAUUACAGCAAUUGAAUAAAUCAUCUAUUAAAUGUUUAAAAGAA